GUGAAUACAUUUACCAAAGUUGCGUACAAAGAUGAACCAACCAUUAUGGGUUGGGAGCUUAUUAACGAGCCACAAUGCAGAGCAGAUCCAAGUGGGAAAACCCUUAUGGCUUGGAUUGAGGAAAUGGCUCCUUAUGUGAAAUCAGUUGAUUCAAAUCAUCUCCUCUCUACUGGUCUUGAAGGUUUCUAUGGUGACUCAUCUCCUCAAAGAAAGAAAACUCUGAAUCCGGUUGCAGCCAACGUUCUUGGAACUGAUUUCAUCGCUAAUCACAAUGUCGAUGCCGUUGAUUUUGCAUCGAUUCAUUCUUACCCUGACAUAUGGUUUCCAAACUUGGAUGAGAAAGCUCGAAUGGACUUCUUGAGAAAUUGGCUCGAAGCACACAUCGAAGAUGCGCAGAACAUUCUUAAGAAACCUCUAAUCAUAGGAGAAUUCGGGAAACUAACGACCACACCAGGCUACACACAGGAUCAGAGAGACGCCGUGUUCAAGGCAACGUAUGACAUUGUCUACGCGUCUGCGCAAAAAGGCGGUGCAGCCACGGGAGCAUGGUUUUGGCACCUUAUUAGCGACGGCAUGAGCAACUUCAAANUUCUAACCACUUCCAAACUUGUCUUUAUGGAGCGUAUUUGUAUUUUUCGUUUUGCUUUUCUUAUUUUUGAAUGA